GACUACUCAACCACCUUGCCUCACAACAAACGAAAACAUCUCUUCUCGUUCGAAUGGUUUUGCUCUUUCCAUUCUUACUCUAUUUAUUUUGUAUCUCAACCAACGCCAAAUACUCCUGCUCUUCCCAAACCUGCUUUUGGAACCCUAACCUGUCUUCCGUUCUUCGUGCGGGUUCGUUCCUCUUGAACCUCCAAUUCCUCCUAUCCAACCUCCCUCUAUUCCUCUUACCCUCUCCGUAACCUCCUAAUAAUUUCCGGAAUGUACUCGACUACGUUACACCCUAGCCCCGUCAAAGACGGCAGGCGUAUUCUCGGCGAAAAGACCGCCAACGCGUGUCUGUCACCCGCACACCAUCGGCACGAUGUCUCACCCAGCAAACGCUCGCUUCUCGAAGCGUCUUCACCCAAAAAGCUCCUCCCCUCUCCCUUAUUUGUCGGCCAGAAACGCACAAUUGACCAGGUGGACGAUGGCCAAGGGAACAAUGGCAACGCGCAGGCUCAACAUGGCGAGUCUCGGGCGGAAACACAGACAGUGCAUGACGUGUACGAGGAAGCUCGCAUGCACUCUACAACUCAAAAAGAUGAUUGGCCAUGCCAUCAACAAGCAGACGCGACGGGGCCCGAUGUAGAUCAAUCUCGGGAGUCAAAUAAACAACAAUCACAGCAGCCACAAUCACCGACACAGACCACGGGACUUGCUGAAUGCUCUGCCCAAAAAAGUGAGACAGGCCCAGUGCGACCCGUUCCUGAAGAUCCCGAAACGCGCAAACUAUUUAUCCAAGAAAAAGCAAGCCUUCUUCGUAACCGAAUCCAAAGCGCCAUGCGCCACGUUAGAGACCCCCAAUUUGAUCGUCGUUUGUCUGAACUAGAGGCUCACAGUCGCAAAUUUCCGCGUCUAUCACUCCCUGGGACAGUCGCGCCCAGCCACCAGAAGGAGGCUGUGACACCGCGCCGACAAGAUGAGGAAGCCAUACCCUCUACCACGCCCCGUCCUUUUCAAUCUGCUCUAGAGUUCAAGUCCAGUGCCGAAUCAUCAUCUAUUCCUCUCGGAUUAUCAUCACCUCCCCUAUCGACAGGCAAUGACGGUUCCCAGGAUCAUAUGAAGACGCCUACACAGAGGAGUCAUCGUCGGACUGGGACAGCAGGCUCCCCAAUGCAGCUCAGCAGUCCUCCAGCUACCAUAUCGCGGACCGGCCGUGACAGGAUGGUCGGAGAGGUCGACGAGCAAGAUGUUGGCGAAGGAAACCUACCGGAGAAACAGGCUGUAACACCGACUCAAAGGGGAGAUGCUGUUGAUGGGCUUCUGAAACUCAUGAAUACGGGGGAUAAGCGUGAAAACGCGAACGCUUGGACUGGCUGAUUCUGGCUUAUGAUGACGAAAAUGACCGUUCUGUCUUGGAUUGUAUACUACGUUGCCAUAAUCCUAUGCACAGGUCUAGAUGCACUGGCCAUCUAGGAUGCUGAGGACACCACGACGCGUCUACUGGGGAUCGGUGUGCUCUUCUUGGUCCACUGUCUAUGAAGGCAAGGGCGAUAAAGCAUAACCAGAACUCCUCGCUAUCGCCGUAUGAUGAGUUGCUUGGUGCCUCUCUCCAUUGCCUCAGGGCAGUGAUAACUAAUCAAUGAUACCACAUACUGUUCGACGAGUUCACUGAUGUCACUUUUUGCAUGUAUCUACGCUU